UGAUUGCUAAAAACAGGAAGUUAAAGGCUGUCAGAUGGGAAUACCGUGACAAAAUGCGAGUUUCUCUAUUCCGCUGUAUAUUCUCGUAAAUAUAUGUAUCUGAAGAGUUUAUAACUCAGUGUCGAAUUGUGAUAAAUAAUUAACCUUAUUAUAGGUCAACAAUAACGUUUCGCAUUACCAAGUUCAUUAAUAGCAACGUUUAUUGCAUACUUCGUUAAAUGCUUGCACUUUUAUAUUAGAUCCUCAUUCAUACGGGCAGAGAUAGCAGCGUCAAUGAGCAUACGAGCAUUGUGGGUUGUCUCCCACGAGAAGGGUGAAUCUGGAAAAGUGCGAUUUUCCAGACGGUACCCAACAGCUGAGUUUCGUGCCAAAUCCUUGGCUGGAGCUCAGUAUGUGGCAGUUCCAGAGGACUGUGUUUUACCUCAGCUUCUGCUGACAGAAUUGGGGAAGGUGGAUCCUGACAAACCUUACGUAGACAUACGGGAUGACUGUGCACGGCAACAGCGUUCACCGGCUGUGGAGCUCUGUGUGGAAGGCCCGGGUGGGAGAACUCUUUGGCCUGUGCUCACUGUCACUCAAGGAGCAAUAAUCUUAGCCUGCCUUCCUCUUGUGGAGGCCCCACCUGAGCCCCGGCCACCUCUGCCCAGCCUGGCCUCAGUCUCACAGGGCUUAGCUCUGCUCUCAGGCCUGCAGGAUUUUCUCUGUGGCCCUGGAGGUAAACUGCCGGAGCCUGAUGUGCUAGCAUCCCGCCUGGCAGCUCUUCCUUCGGUGCUCCUGCAGGUUUGCCCUUUGGGACGGCCACUGGACACCCCCCCUCCAGGUGGAAUUGUGCCUACUGCUGUGGCUCCGAGCCCAGGGGGGGCUCAGAAACAGCCAGCCUGGAAAGCAGGGGUCCAUCGAGGAAGGGCUGUAGUGAGUGUGGGCCUUACAGAGAAAGUGAGGUCCAUGCAGUACGGCAAGAGUACUCGACAGGAUCUGUGGGAUGUGUACGGCAUGGUUAUGUGCAAAUGUGAGGUGGAAGGUGUUCUGCCCAAUGUGACGGUCACCCUCACACUUCCACCCAAUGGCUCACCACUGCAGGACAUUCUUGUCCAUCCGUGUGUAACGUCUUUGGAUGCAAGCAUCCUUACUGCCUGCAGCAUGGAGGAGAAUGAUGGCUCCGCUUUUUCAGGGCCAUACAAGUUUCCUUUCUCACCUCCUUUGGAGCUUUUCAGACUCUGCAGUUAUACCUCACAGGUACCUGUGCCACCGAUUCUUGGCUCUUACCAGCUGAAUGCAGAUGAGCAUCAUCUAAAGAUGAAUGUGGUAUUAAAACUCCAUGAAAGUGUCAAAAACAACUUCGAGUAUUGUGAGGCACACCUUCCAUUUUUCAACCGGAACGUGAUGGGAAAUGUGGAUGUCAAAGUGAGCUCAGGACAGCUUGAGGUGUCUAAAGAGAAGAACCUGCUUGUUUGGGUUCUUGGUCAGAAGUUUCCAAAAUAUCGGGAAGUAUCACUGGAGGGAACUGUUAAUUUUUCUGGGACUGUUGCUGGACCAGCAGAUCCGCUGUGCACCGGACUCACUACAUAUAUAAAACUUUACUUCCGUAUACAAGAUUUGACCUUAUCUGGAUGUUGUGUGGACCAACACUCUGUGCAGGUUUACUCAUCUGCUAAACCACGGAUUGUCACAACACGAGAGCUGGUCUCCUCAGAAUACUACAUUUGGAACUCCACAGGUGAUGCUCCGGUCUCCUCUGGACUCAUGAUACUGUGACAGUACCUCGCUAAUGUAUCAGUUAUCUUAAAAAAUCGCUGCCAAUGUUUAUCGCAGAUGUUAGGCAUUAGGCUUAGGAAGGAUCAUGCCUUUGAUCCUAUCUGCAAAUGUUGCUGCUGACAGAUUGCAAUCACUGUCAUACAGUGUUAGCUUCCAUUUAUGGUAUGUACUGUACUGUAUGGUCUUUUCUAAUACAUCACGAUGAAAUAUAACAUUUUCAGUGCCAUACUUUACAUGCAUUAUGUUCGUCUUUGUGUGCAUGACUCCUUCAUUUAGCUGAAACUGUGCUGAUACAUAAUGAAUGUUUGUUCAGAGAGCUUUAUAUAAUUCAAAGUAGAAAAGUAGAAAUAUUUUUUGAUGAGCUGAGACAUUGCAUAAAGAAAAGCUUUGAUUUGCACAUAUUUUAGACUUACUUGCAUCUUUAUUAAUGAGAAGUAAUAAAGAAGAAAAGUUUCAAUCAACCCUUCUCUUAUUUUGCUACAGAUUAGGCUCUGGAUGUUCACCAGUGUUCAAUUUUUGGUUUCCCCUAUUAGCUGUUCAGCUGGUCUGUAUAGGGGCUGCUUGAGCUCACUCACAAGAGGACUUUGGCUCUGGGUUUGAUUGAUGAAUGUGAAAAGAGUUUAUUUUGAUGGCAGAGAAAGAGAGAGAAACAGUAAUUGUUCAAGGGAAAUACCAGACCGGUAUCCGAAGAGGUUCUUAAUUAGUUUCCAAAGUGACCCAUAGAGGUCCCACUUAAGCCUGUCUCAGGCUCUCUCUCCCCAACAAAAGCAAUGAAUAGAGUUCUAAAAAUACCAGUCGUCGGACAUACAGCUAAAGGGCUCUUAAUUUUUUAAAAUAGGAAAUCAAUUCCUGCUUUGCCUCUGUUUCCUAAAUGCUACAUUUCUACAUCUACAUUUUGGGUUUGACACCUGCUGUUAUUUUAGAGGAACUCGAGCAUGAAUACUGUGACACAAAGAGCGUAUGUUUCUGGCCAAUACAAUGCAUGCAUUGCAUAGCUAUGUGUUGUCUCCAAAGACAAUUAUGCUUUAGGUGAGUUGCAUUUGGUUGUCAAUUAGGGCUGAGAAUUCCUAUAGAGAAGACAGCAGAAUGAUGAUAGUUCAGCUGGAGCCAUAUAAGAGCUCUCCACUUAAGCAAAUCUUUGUCUGAGAGAGUAAUUGUCUGCCAUGUCUACUGAUUGCAGUGCUGUGUCUCUGCAAGAACAAAACUGGGCUGCAUUCUCACAAGGAUUUCCUCUUUACACAAAUCGUGAUUGAUCUUAUCAUUGGAGCCUGUCUCUUAUAAGAUGCAUCAUUUACUGGGCAGGAGACAGAUUUAUAGAAAUGCCCAAUGCCUCUGUGUCUGCAUCUGUCUCUUAUUUAAAAUCUUUCUGUGAGAAUCCCACAGUGCCUGGAUCAACUCUGGCCUAAUUUUACUUGAAAGUCUUGCUACUGGACAUGUUUAAUUAAAUAAAGGGUGUUCUUGAAUUUUACAAAA